UGCGGGAAGUCCUGGGCCGUGGCUGGGAGCUGCCCGCUCGCCCCCUGACUCCGGGCAGGGGCGGGCAGGCAGCGCGCCGGGCAGCCCUCGGCUAGAGAUUAUGGCUGCGGCGCUGGGGGCGCGAGGGGCGACACGGCGUUGGUUCGCGGCGCUGCGGGGCAGGAGCCAGAGCCUCGCGGCCAUGUCAGCAGAUGCUCACUGGUUGACAGCAGAGGAGAGGAACCGAGUUAUACUUGACCUUAAAGCAGCAGGAUGGUCGGAAUUAAGUGAGAGAGAUGCCAUCUACAAAGAGUUCUCUUUCAAAAAUUUUAAUCAGGCUUUUGGCUUUAUGUCCCGAGUUGCCCUACAAGCAGAGAAGAUGAAUCAUCACCCGGAGUGGUUCAAUGUGUACAACAAGGUUCAGAUAACUCUCACAUCGCAUGACUGCGGAGGACUGACCAAAAGAGAUGUGAAACUGGCGAAGUUUAUUGAAAAAGCAGCUGCUUCUGUGUGAUUUCUUCCAAAACGCAUGUAAAAUCUUAUAUACACAUCUAGCUCCAAUGUAUUUUGAAGGCAAUUUAUCAACACAUGAACAAAUUAAGCUGUAAAUUUAGUUCACCUUUUGAACGAUCACAUUUUGUAAAAUCGGUGCUUAAAUAAAAAUGAUUUAAACUUGA